GGGCGAGGGCGAGGGUUCCGGUUCCGGUGGGCCGGGCGGCGGCGGCGAUGCGGAGAGUCACGUUGUUCGUCAACGGCGGCGGGAGCGGCCCGCGGGCCGGGAAGGUUGUUGCAGUGUACGGGGCUCUGUCUGAUCUGCUGUCUGUAGCCAGCAGCAAGCUGUGUAUUAAGGCUGCACACCUCUACAAUGGCAAGGGCGGUCUCAUAGACGACAUUGCACUCAUCAGAGAUGACGAUGUACUGUAUGUGUCUGAAGGGGAGCCCUUUAUAGAUCCUGAGGCGGACGGGGAGGGGAUUGUGGACAAGUCAGCGAUGUGUACGGACUGGAUAACACUAAACGUUGGUGGGCAGUACUUCACCACCACACGGAGCACUUUAGUGAACAAGGAGCCGGAGAGCAUGCUCGCCCACAUGUUCCGGGAUAAAAUAGGUGCCUGGGGUAAUAAGAAGGAUCAUCGGGGAGGCUUCCUCAUCGACCGAAGCCCAGAGUACUUCAUGCCCAUCCUCAACUACCUGCGACACGGCCAACUCAUCGUCAACAAAGGCCUCAACUUACUAGGAGUUCUCGAGGAGGCAAAGUUCUUCGGCAUAGACUCUCUCAUCGAACAGUUGGAACAAUUAAUUAAGAAUUCGUUACCAGCUGAAGACCACUCUCCCAUCUCCCGGAAGGAGUUUGUCCGAUUUCUAUUAGCAACACCAACAAAGUCGGAACUUCGAUGUCAGCAGGGUCUGAACUUCCGAGGGACUGACCUGUCCCGACUGGACCUGCGCUACAUCAACUUUAAGAUGGCCAAUCUGAGCAACUGCAACCUUAGCCACGCUAACCUGUGCAGCUCAAACCUGGAGCGGGCUGACCUGUCCGGAGCUAUCGUAGACGGUGCCAACCUGCAGGGGGUGAAGAUGUUGUGUUCCAAUGCAGAGGGAGCCUCGCUGAAGGGCUGCAACUUCGAGGAUCCUUCUGGACUCAAGGCCAAUCUGGAAGGUGCCAAUCUGAAGGGAGUGGACAUGGAGGGGAGCCAGAUGACGGGCAUCAACCUCCGAGUGGCCACACUGAAGAAUGCCAAGCUGAAGAACUGCAAUCUGCGGGGGGCCACACUAGCCGGGACUGACCUAGAGAAUUGUGACCUCUCCGGCUGUGACCUACAAGAGGCCAAUCUCCGUGGCUCCAAUGUGAAAGGAGCCAUCUUCGAAGAGAUGCUGACCCCCCUGCACAUGUCCCAGAGCGUGAGAUAAGUGGGAAGGAGGGGGGAGAGCGCUCUCCCCAGCCCAACCCGCCUGCCGCUGUUAAACAGCUCAACCCAGUGUUGAGCGGACUAUAGCUUCUCCCCGCUGCCUUUGUGCUUCAACAGGGGACCGCUCGCUCCAAACUAGAGUGGACCAGAAUGUGCCUGCCUACAUACCCUGCUGCACAUCAGCAACCUAGUCACUCACCCUAUGUUUCAUGGCCGGCUGCCACUGCCCUAUACUCAGGUCUGUGGGGCAAAUGUUUAUAGAUAUGUAUGAAUAUAUUAGCACACUCACACACACACUCUCUUACACACACACACACACACACACACACACACACACACACACACACACACACACACUCACACACACACACACACACACUCACACACACACACACACUCACACGCACACUAUCUUACCCACACACACACACACUCACUCACACACACUCACUCAAACGCACGCAUGCACUCACACACACACACACUCACACACACACACACACACACACUCACUCACACUCAAACGCACGCACGCACACUUACACACACACACACUCAUGGACACACGUGCACUCACGCACGCACACACACGGACACACGUGCACUCACCCGCCAACACGCACACACACUCAAACGCACGCAUGCACUCACGCCAACACACAUGCACGCUUUCACAUGCGCUCUUACACACUCACACACACGUACACACCCUCUUGCACACACUCACACCCGCAUCAAGGCUGAGGUGCACACUUGAGUCUGUUCUACCUCUUUCUGUCUAAUGGAUGGACAAAUGGUACUUUAGAGAACAGGGUGCAUGUGAGGAAGGUGCGUGGACACCACAGCUUCCAAGACGAGCACGCUCACUCCACAAGCAGCGUGAAGUCUGAGCUACUUUGCACAGUAGUUAUCUGACAGUCAGCUAGACUGUACGGACCAUAGAGAGAGAGAGAGAGAUGUUCUUCCAGCAGCUUUGUUUUCUGCGUGCGGCAGGCCAAGCAAGUGUACUUUACUAAUCAGUGGGUAAGAGUUGAUUGUUGAACAUACUCACUGUUACAGUGUGAGUGUGUUGUCAUGUUGUGACCCUGCUCCUCACCCCCGUGUCACCUUCAUUGAGUGACUGAGAGCAGCAACGAAUGGCGUUGCUUCAACAUUGCCACGGGGUGGUCUUUGGGGGGGGGAAUAAUUGACUAGACGGUCACAGGUUGUAAGAUUAGUCGGUGAUUAAUUAACUGUAGUAAGCCGGUCGAGUGUGAGAUGGGGAGGGGAGAGGGGGGGCCGCUAGUCGUCGGGGUACUCGUUCUCCAACCCCCCCCACCCUGGCCAGUGAGGGAGGAGCACUGGAGGUUUGUCCGCGGUGAGAUGAGCGCUGCCUGUUGUGGUGCCACAUCGGGGGGAGGGCAGGGGUGAUGGAGAGAAGGGGAGGGAGGGCAUAACGCCCUGAAUGUUCCACCGCUCCACCCUAACCCAGGCGUGGACCUCUUGUCCCGAGCCUCCAACGCCUCGUACUGCUCUGGAUGGGGUAGAGGUUCAGCAACUACCCUUGGCGCCAGUCGGUGUAGCCGGGGGCUCUAACUGCAAAGCCCCCGAGCAUUGGGUUCACUGUGGGCUCUGGGGGGAGAGCAGUAGCCCAUAGUCUGGCUGGAAUCACUCGCUCCAGCACUGACCGCCUGCACCAGCCCACGCCACACCAGACAUCUAUCAGUCCCGCACCUUACUCUUCAAACGUAUAAACCUGUUUUUACCCCGGCGAAUGAAGAAACGAGGAGGUGGGGAAAAAGGAAUGGGGUGCUGAUUGUGAGUGCUGGAGUAACUCAGCGGGUCAGGCAGCAUCUGUGGAGAACAUGGACAGGUGACGUUUCACAGAGUGCUGGAGUAACUCAGCGGGUCAGGCAGCAUCUGUGGAGAACAUGGAUAGGUGACGUUUCACAGAGUGCUGGAGUAACUCAGUGGGUGCAGCAGCAUCUGUGGAGAACAUGGAUAGGUGACGUUUCACAGAGUGCUGGAGUAACUCAGCGGGUCAGGCAGCAUCUGUGGAGAACAUGGAUAGGUGUCGUUUCACAGAGUGCUGGAGUAACUCAGCGGGUUCAGGCAGCAUCUGUGGAGAGCAUGGAUAGGUGACGUUUCACAGUGCUGGAGUAACUCAGUGGGUGCAGCAGCAUCUAUGGAGCUAAGGAAAUAGGCAACGUUUUGGGCCGAAACUCUUCCGGGUUUCGGCCCGAAACGUUGCCUAUUUCCAGAAGGGUUUCGGCCCGAAAUGUUGCCUAUUUCCAGAAGGAUUUCGGCCCGAAACGUUGCCUAUUUCUUUCGCUCCAUAGAUGCUGCUGCACCAUAACUCAGCGGGUCAGGCAGCAUCUGUGGAGAACAUGGAUAGGUGACGUUUCACAGAGUGCUGGAGUAACUCAGCGGGUCAGGCAGCAUCUGUGGAGAACAUGGAUAGGUGACGUUUCACACAGUGCUGGAGUAACUCAGCGGGUGCAGCAGCAUCUGUGGAGACACUUGUCUCUGCUACCACACCAGGAUAACCCACAGACUGUCCACCAGAGGUUGCUACUGAGGGGGGAGUUCGGGAGAUAUUAAGAUGGUGGCCAUUCACAACACUAAGAACCAUCGGUACAUUGUCAACUCCGCUUGGUGUCGAUGACUUAUUGCCAUAACGUAUGUGAGGUCAUCUUGAACCUGCGCUGAUCUUUAUCCUGAUUAGUUUAAUUUACCUUUUUGUUUAGGAAUAUAUUUCACAAAGACAGCUUAAUUUAUAUAUUAAAAGAUAUUACUCCAUAAUUCUGUGUGGUGCUAUUUUUGUGACUAUAUAUCACUAUGUCAUGUUGUUACUUGUGGGCGGGGCACCAAGGCAAAUUCCUUGUAUGUGAAUACUUGGCCAAUAAACUUUCAUUUUUUGCAUCAGUAAA